GUGGUUGAGUUGCAAAUCAAGGCCCAAUCUGCACCCUCAGAGAUGUACCAGAGUUUAGCAAUGGCAGCCAACCAUGGCCCACCAGCAUAUGAAGGGACCAGUAGUUUUAUGCACACCGCAGCUGCUGCUUCUCCUGUCUACAUACCAACCACAAGGGUCACUACCAUGAUCCCCAGCCUGCCUUACCUCCAAGGGAGUGGUUCAUCCCAGCAAGGCAGCCCAGUAUCCAGUCACUCCAUUUGGACUCAGCCUGGAGCUGAGAGUGUUGCUUACAACCCUGGAUCUUCUCAUCCAUCAGUAUCUCCAAGGUUCUCCUUUGCUACCAGCACCCCCAUCCCAGCAACUACUUCCAGAGAAGCAUCUGCUUAUAGCAGCUCUCUUAGUAUCUCGGCCAAUAGCAGGGACCAGUAUGCUCGGAGUUUCAGUGGCUCCUAUUCCAGUCCAUAUCCAGCAAGUUAUAUGACCCCAGAAUUGGGCACCAGUUGGACUUCAUCUCCCUUUGAUAGCCCCAUGCUCCACAACCUUCAGAAUCGGAGUACUCCAGGAGCUUCAAGGCACACCAAUAUAGAGUUUUUUGAUGAUUACUCCGAAGGUCGGGAAUGUGUCAACUGUGGUGCUAUGUCCACCCCACUGUGGCGAAGAGAUGGCACUGGCCACUAUCUUUGUAAUGCAUGUGGACUCUACCACAAGAUGAAUGGCAUUAACCGGCCACUGAUCAAGCCCCAGAGGAGGCUGUCAGCCUCCCGUCGGAUUGGACUGUCAUGUGCAAACUGCCAUACAUCUACAACCACACUGUGGCGCCGAAAUGCUGAAGGAGAGCCAGUCUGCAAUGCUUGUGGCUUAUACAUGAAGCUCCAUGGGGUUCCAAGACCUUUAGCUAUGAGAAAAGAAGGGAUCCAAACCAGGAAGCGUAAACCAAAGAACUUGAGCAAAUCCAAGACAUCAGCAGGGUCAGCCACCAAUGAAAGCCUCCCCACUGCAAUUAGCUCAGCCCCCUGCACCAGCACGACCACCACUACUACUGCUGAAGAAAUGCGCCCCAUCAAGACAGAACCAGGGAUCUCAUCUCAUUAUGGACACCCGAGCCCUAUUCCUCAGGCAUUCUCUGUUGCGGCAAUGUCUGGGCAUGGACCUGCUCUUCACUCCACUGUGCCUACUCUCAAACUUUCCCCACAGGCUUACCAAGCAGCCAUCAACCACUCUCCCCAGCCUAACACCAAGCAAGAUUCUUGGAACAGCCUAGUCUUGGGGGAAACACAUGGAGACAUCCUCACAGCUUAACAAUCUUUUGCCUCCUCACCCCCUUCUAAGGGAGUUACCAAGCUUAGGACUCGUAAGCGAUGGGCAACUAUCAAGCAAUACUGUUUGUUCUUUUUCUUUUCUUGUUUCUCCCUCCCAUCCUUUGUUUUUGUCUAGUUCUGGUCUUAGAAGAACCAUUCCAAAUUGUUUUGGCCUGUUCAAGUUCUAUUUUUAAGAAAUCCUCCAGAUAACCUGGACACCAAUAUUACAUGUUUAUACAUAACUGAUAUACAGAGAUAUAAUAUCAAAUGGUAUGUUUGUCUAUGUGUGUAUAUGUGAAGGGUAUGUAUGAGCUAGAAAAAAAAUUGUAAUUGCAGCUUUCCACAUGUUCAGUCUUCAAUCAUCCUUUGAAAAAUGAAAGAAUGUAUAAGCCAGCCCAUAAAAAUAGAAUGGAUGUUAAAAAACAUAAAAAAUAAAAUAAAAACAAAAAAUAAGCCAGCAAUAUCCCUAAACUUUGGAUUAUGUAGGAUCAGUGGCUAGUGGCCUUUAUGAAAGAUCUGAUUUCCUGAUUUGGGAUGUGAUAGCUAUCCAUCCCAUGCUAAUUCGAAGCCUAAAGAACUAGUAGUAUAUGCAAAGAAGAAUGGAAAACAGGCUAGUUGCUGGCAUAGGCUUGAGUUUUGGUUUUCUAUUUCCCAUUUUGAUUUAUAAAAAUUAUUCUUCCCCAAAGAGACUGCAUAUAAAAUUUUAUUAUCUUUGAUUGCAAGAAACUCAAAUGGAUGUUCAAGGAUGGUGGCCCACAAGAAUCCAGAAGAAAAUGGAGGUGUGUGGUUGGCAAAUUCUGCAAUCGUGAACUGAGGACUCCAGAGUUUUUUUUUUAAAGUAUGGAACACAGAGUAACAGUUUUGUCUUCAUAGCUGCAAUCCACUAUGGCUGGUGGAUUCUAGCAAGAAUGUUGUGGAUCCAGCAAUUUUAUGACUACCAGCAGCACACUGGUGUUAAUUUAAUUGCUUUUCUGUCAACUUGAUUAAUCCCCCCUCCUUUGCUAUUAAUAAAUCUAUUUUUCCUUUCAA